AUGCCUUGUCCUGCACGAGAGGAAUUUCAGAUAGGUUGGAUCUGUGCCCUACCUAUUGAGGCGGCCGCAGCCAAGGAAAUGCUCGAUGAGGACUUUGGAAUCCUUGAAGAACAAGAUGCUGCGGAUACAAACUCAUAUAGAUUGGGUCGAAUUGGAAAACACUAUGUUGUGAUUGCCUGCCUGCCCGGAGGACAAUAUGGAGCCUGUGCAGCUACAACAGUCGCAAACAACAUGGUCCGUACGUUCUCAAAAUCGUUACGGAUCGGUCUGAUGGUUGGUGUUGGAGGAGGCAUCCCAUCCACCGAUCAUGAUAUACGGCUUGGUGAUAUCGUGAUUAGCUGCCCGACAGGCAGUUGUGGAGGCGUGAUUCAAUAUGAUAUGGGCAAGGUCGCUGCGGACGGUGUAUUCUGCCGAACUGGCUCUUUGAACAGUCCUCCCAGAUCAUUGUUAACAGCAGUCAACAAUAUGAGGGCUGCUGAGCUGACUGAUGAUCCCCGCUACCCGGAAUAUCUCCAAAGAGCGAUCAAGAGGACCCGACGGACCCAGGCACACUUUGGCCGACCCAGUCCACAAAGCGAUCGAUUGUUCAAAACCAAGCACGAACAUCCUGCUACUGCGAAGAACUGUGAUAUAUGUCCGAGAGAAUGGGAAGAGACUAGAAGUGAACGGGACGGUCAGGAUCCGCUGCCACACUAUGCUCCGUUUGGAAUCUGGGCACUGUGUUUUGAGAUGGAGGCAGCAGGCUUGAUGUUAGACUUCCCUUGCAUUAUUAUCCGUGGCAUCUGCGAUUACUCUGAUUCGCACAAGAACAAGCAGUGGCAAGGUUACUCUGCCUUGGCCGCGGCAGCAUAUGCCAAGGAGUUGCUGGAAUAUGUGCCCCGGGGUCAAGUCUCGCAAGAGAAUCUUGCAGUAGAUCACCUCCCGCUAGAAGUGCGCCAGGAACUCGCACUCCUCCCCGAAAAGCCAAGCCGCGAGGAGUUGUACGUCCUGUGGACGCACCUCCUCCAGAGGUAUUUUCCCUUCCGUCUCUACGGUUUCCCCCCCGACCUUGCCGAUCUUCCUGACAGAACCGAAGUGGAGUACGCCCUAUGCAUGAACCAGGAGUCACAGGACUCGCACAUCGCCCUCUCUGUCGCACGCGGGUACGGGCCCUUCGACCGGGUAUACUUCAUGCAUGUCUUCUGUCUCGGCGAGCCUGAGUUCGAGAAGCCGUUCGUUGUCGUCGAGCUGCGGGCUAAGCUCAGGGAGCAGAUGCUGAAGCAGGCCUACAGCGAGAUCGCGCGCGAGCGCGGGAUGACGAUCCACGGGGUGAUCGUGCUCGGUCGCGAGGUUAGGUUUUAUAAGUUGAAGCCUGAUGGGUCGUUUGAGGGGUUGACGUGGUUCGGCGAGAGGAGGGCUUUGCAUAUCCUUGAGGAUAUGCGGGCUAUUACGUCCCAUCUCAUGCAGAUAGGCUAUGAGGUGAGGAUGCGUGAUUGA